AUGGGCGUCCCUGGAGCUGCCAUCCCCUCUCCUUCUCCCGCCCGAGGCUUCGCGACCCCUCUCGGCAGGUUUCGUGCCGAUAACUUGAACAAGCUGAAGAACCUGUGCAGCAAAACGAUCGGAGACAAGAUGAAGAAAAAAGAGCCAGUGGGGACAGAUGAGUCCGUGCCAGAGAGCGCGCAGAACCUCGACGAGCUGACGGCCGACGUCCUGGGGGCUCUGCAGGUAUCCCAGAUCAAGCAAGUCCGUCUCCUCAUCGACGAAGCCAUCCUCAAGUGCGACGCCGAGCGCGUGAGGCUGGAAGCAGAACGUUUUGAGAGCCUCCGGGAGAUCGGGAACCUCCUCCACCCCUCGGUGCCCAUCAGCAACGAUGAGGAUGUGGACAACAAGGUGGAGCGAGUCUGGGGCGACUGCGGCUGCAGGAAGAAGUAUUCCCACGUGGACCUGGUGGUGAUGGUGGAUGGUUACGAGGGAGAGAAGGGGGCCGUCGUCGCGGGCAGUCGGGGCUACUUCCUCAAGGGUCCCCUGGUGUUCCUGGAGCAGGCCCUGAUCCAGUACGCCCUGCAGAGCCUCCGCGCCAAGGGCUACACUCCCGUCUACACCCCCUUCUUCAUGCGGAAGGAGGUGAUGCAGGAGGUGGCCCAGCUCAGCCAGUUCGACGAGGAGCUUUACAAGGUGAUCGGCAAAGGCAGCGAGAAGGCCGACGACAGCUCCAUCGACGAGAAGUACCUGAUCGCCACCUCGGAGCAGCCCAUCGCCGCCCUGCACCGCGACGAGUGGCUGAAGCCGGAGGAUUUGCCCAUCAAGUACGCGGGGCUGUCGACCUGCUUCCGUCAGGAGGUGGGCUCGCACGGCCGUGACACCCGCGGCAUCUUCCGCGUCCACCAGUUCGAGAAGAUCGAGCAGUUCGUCUACGCCUCGCCCCACGACAACAAGUCGUGGGAGAUGUUCGAGGAGAUGAUUGCCACGGCGGAGGAUUUCUACCAGUCCCUGGGCAUCCCCUACCACAUCGUCAACAUCGUCUCGGUCCCCGGGGACACCAGGAGCAGCAGGGAUACUGGACACACUGGGGAGACUGGGAACACCGCCAUCCCCACCGACACCAGGAGCACCGGGGAUGCUGGGCACGCUGGGGAGACUGGGAAAGUCCCCAGGGACACCAGGAGCGCCAGGAAAGUCCCCAGGAGCGCCAGGAAAGUCCCCAGGAGCACCAGGGAUACUGGACGUAAUGGGGACACUGGGAAAGUCCCCAGGGCCACCAGUAGCACCGGGGAGACGAUGGGCACCGGGGGUGUUGGGGACUCCCUGACCACGGGGGCUACCAGGAGCCCCGUGACCCGCAGCCACUCCCGCCAGCGCCGCAGCCCCAACACGGCGCCGCAGUUCCAGCCCUCCAGCUACCAGGCCUCGGUGGGGGAGAACCGGCCAGCGGGGACGCCGGUGACGCGGGUGACGGCAGUGGAUCCCGACGAGGGGGAGGCGGGCCGGCUGCGCUACACCAUGGCCGCCCUCUUCGACAGCCGCUCCGACGCCCUCUUCGCCAUGGACCCCGUCACCGGCGCCAUCACCACCGCCACCCCCCUGGACCGCGAGAGCAAGAGCACCCACGUCUUCCGGGUGACGGCGGUGGACCACGGCACGCCCCGGCGCAGCGCCAUGGCCACGUUGACGGUGACGGUGACCGAUGCCAAUGACCACGACCCGGCCUUCGAGCAGCCCGAGUACCGGGAGAGUGUGCGGGAGAACCUGGAGGUGGGCUACGAGGUGCUGACGGUCCGGGCCACCGACGGCGAUGCCGGUCCCAACGCCAACGUCCUCUACCGUCUCCUCAACGCCGGCGGCGCCAACGAGGUCUUCGAGAUCGAUCCCCGCUCGGGCGUCAUCCGCACCCGCGGCCCCGUGGACCGCGAGGCGGUGGAAGCCUUCGAGCUGUUGGUGGAGGCCACGGAUCAGGGCCAGGAGCCGGGACCCCGCAGCGCCACGGCCACCGUCCGCAUCACCGUGGAGGACGACAACGACAACGCGCCGCAGUUCAGCGAGAAGCGUUACGUGGCGCAGGUCCCCGAGGACGUGGCGCCCAACUCGGCCGUGCUGCGGGUGACGGCCACCGACCGCGACAAGGGCAGCAACGCCCUGGUGCACUACAGCAUCGUCAGCGGUAACACCCGCGGCCACUUCUACAUCGACGCGCAGACGGGCGCGCUGGACGUGGUCAGCCCCUUGGACUACGAGGUCAGCAAGGAGUUCACCCUACGGAUCCGGGCACAGGACGGCGGCCGCCCGCCCCUCUCCAACAUCAGCGGCUUGGUCACCGUCCAGGUGUUGGACGUCAACGAUAACGCCCCCAUCUUCGUCAGCACGCCCUUCCAGGCCACUGUGCUGGAGAACGUGCCAGUGGGUUACUCCGUCAUCCACGUUCAAGCCAUCGACGCCGAUUCGGGUGACAACGGCCGACUGGUCUACACCCUCCUGGAGACCGGCGCCGGCUUCCCCUUCGCCAUCAACAACAGCACGGGGUGGAUCGUGGUGGCCUCCGAGCUGGACCGGGAGGCGGUGGACUUCUACAGCUUCGAGGUGGAGGCGCAGGACCAGGGCAACCCCCCCAUGGCCUCCUCGGCCAGCGUCAGCGUCACCGUCCUGGACGUCAACGACAACAGCCCCGAGUUCACGCAACGGGAGUACGGCGCCCGCCUGAACGAGGAUGCGGCGGUGGGUACCAGCGUCCUCACCGUCUCCGCCGUCGACCGCGACGCCAACAGUGUCAUCACCUACCAGAUCUCCAGCGGCAACACCCGCAACCGCUUCUCCAUCACCAGCCAGAGCGGUGGUGGGCUCAUCUCCCUCGCCCUGCCCCUGGACUACAAGCUGGAGCGGCAGUACCUCCUCACCAUCGCCGCCUCCGACGGCACCCGCCAGGACACGGCCCAGGUGGUCAUCAACGUCACCGACGCCAACACCCACCGACCUGUCUUCCAGAGCUCCCACUACACCGUCAAUGUCAACGAGGACCGGCCGGUGGGCACCACGGUGGUGGUCAUCAGCGCCACGGACGAGGACACGGGGGAGAACGCCCGCAUCACCUACCUGAUGGAGGACAGCAUCCCCCAGUUCCGCAUCGCCGCCGAGACGGGGGCCGUCACCACCCAGAUGGAGCUGGACUACGAGGACCAGGUGUCCUACACCCUGGCCAUCACGGCGCGUGACAACGGCAUCCCGCAGAAGUCCGACACCACCUACCUGGAGAUCCUGGUGAGCGACGUCAACGACAACGCGCCCCAGUUCCUCCGCGACUCCUACCAGGGCUCCAUCUACGAGGACGUGCCCGCCUUCACCAGCGUCCUCCAGGUCUCCGCCACUGACCGCGACUCGGGGCUCAACGGCAGGGUCUUCUACACCUUCCAAGGGGGUGACGAUGGUGAUGGAGACUUCAUCAUCGAGUCCACCUCGGGCAUCGUCCGCACCUUGCGCCGCCUCGACCGGGAGAACGUGCCGCUUUACACCCUGCGGGCAUUUGCCGUCGACAAGGGGGUCCCGGCCAAGCGGACACCGGUGGAGAUCCAAGUGACGGUGCUGGACGUCAACGACAACCCGCCCGUCUUCGAGCGGGACGAGUUCGACAUCUUCGUGGAGGAGAACAGCCCCAUUGGGCUGGUGGUGGCCCGGAUCACGGCCACCGACCCCGACGAGGGCACCAACGCCCAAAUCAUGUACCAGAUCGUGGAGGGCAACAUCCCUGAGGUCUUCCAGCUGGAUAUCUUCUCCGGCGAGCUCACCGCCUUGGCCGACCUGGACUACGAGUCCAAGGCGGAGUACGUCAUGGUGGUCCAAGCCACCUCGGCCCCCCUGGUCAGCCGGGCCACCGUCCACAUCCGCCUUCGCGACGUCAACGACAACAGCCCCCAACUCAAGAACUUUGAGAUCCUCUUCAACAACUACAUCACCAACCGCUCGGGCAGCUUCCCCGGGGGGGUCAUCGGCCGCAUCCCGGCCCACGACCCCGACGUCUCCGACAGCCUCACCUACGCCUUCGAGCAAGGGAACGAGCUCAACCUGGUGCUGCUGGACCCCCGCAGCGGGGACCUGCGCCUCAGCCCCGCCCUGGACAACAACCGCCCGCUGGAGGCCGUCAUGAGGGUCUCCGUUUCGGACGGGGUCCACAGCGCGACGGCCCAGUGCACGCUGCGGGUGACGGUGAUCACGGACGAGAUGCUGAGCAACAGCAUCACCCUGCGCUUGGCCGACAUGUCCCAGGAGCGAUUCCUCUCCCCGCUGCUCAGCCGCUUCCUCGAGGGGGUGGCAGCCGUCCUGGCCACCCCCCGCCACCGCGUCGUCCUCUUCAACAUCCAAACGGACACGGACGUGGGGACCGCCCGUAUCCUCAACGUCAGCCUCUCGGUGCUGCUGCCCGCCUCGGGGCACGGCGCCCGCUUCUUCUCCUCCGAGGAGCUGCAGGAGCGGCUCUACCUCAACCGCUCGCUGCUGGCCGCCAUCUCGGCCCAGCGGGUCCUGCCCUUCGACGACAACAUCUGCCUGCGCGAGCCCUGCGAGAACUACAUGCGCUGCGUCUCCGUCCUCCAGUUCGACAGCUCGGCGCCCUUCCUCGCUUCUGACACCAUCCUCUUCCGCCCCAUCCAUCCCGUCACCGGCCUGCGCUGCCGCUGCCCGCCCGGCUUCACCGGCGACUACUGCGAGACGGAGAUCGACCUCUGUUACUCCAGCCCCUGUGGCAGCAACGGGCGGUGCCGGAGCCGCGAGGGUGGCUACACCUGCGAGUGCCACGAGGAUUUCACCGGUUAG